UAUAUAUUAUGAUUGAGUGGAGAAUGUAUAGAGUUGUAACGUUGUAGUUAGCAUGGAGAAGAUUUUGUUGAUAAAAGAGGAGGGAGAAGGAGAAGGCCUUGUGAGGAGGAGACGAAGCGGUGCUUUUGGAGGGGAAGUAAAGCGGUUGGGGUACAUAGCAGCGCCGAUGGUGGCGGUGAAUUUGUCACAGUACUUUUUGCAAAUAAUUUCAAUUAUGAUGGUGGGUCAUCUGGGCCAGCUCUCUCUUUCGAGCACUGCCAUUGCCAUCUCCUUCUGCGCCGUCUCCGGCUUCAGUCUUCUCUUUGGAAUGGCAAGUGCACUGGAAACUCUCUCUGGUCAAGCAUAUGGAGCUCAACAGUAUAAACAACUAGGACUUCAAAUAAACACUGCCAUUUUCUCCCUAUUCCUAGUUUGUCUCCCGCUGUCUCUUGUGUGGAUCUACAUGGGAAACAUACUGGUUUUCUUGGGACAAGACCCUCAAAUAUCCCAUGGAGCCGGCAAGUUUGCGAGGAUGCUCUUACCUGCUCUCUUCGCUUACGCAGCUCUUCAGCCGCUUUGUAAAUACCUUCAGACGCAAAGCUUGAUCAUUCCCUUGCUUGUGAGCUCUUUUGCCUGUCUGUGUUUCCACAUUCCGUUUUGUUGGGUUAUGGUGUGCAAGUCUGGACAAGGACACCUUGGGGCAGCAUUGGCCAUCGGUACGUCCUAUUGGUUAAAUGUGAUUCUACUCUUACUGUACGUUAAGUACUCUGCUGCCUGCGCAAGUACUCGGGUUCCAAUUUCUCUUGAGCUGUUUCGAGGUAUUGGAGAAUUCUUGCGCUUUGCUGUUCCGUCUGCUGUAAUGAUUUGCCUCGAAUGGUGGUCGUUUGAGCUCCUUACCUUGCUGGCUGGUUUUCUACCAAAUCCGGAGCUUGAAACUUCGGUUUUAUCUGUCUGUUUGGCAACCAUCUCAUCGUUGUAUACAAUACCAGAAGGACUUGGUGCAGCAGUAAGCACUAGGGUUUCAAAUGCAUUAGGAGCCGGGAACCCCCAAGCAGCGCGAUUAGCUGUUGGUGCUGUUAUGUUUCUUACAGUCUCCGAGGCAGUUCUUAUAAGCACAACUGUCUUUGCCACCCGUUCUAUUUUUGGCUACAUUUUCAGCAAUGACAAGGAAGUUGUGGACUAUGUCACUUCCAUGGCUCCUCUGAUUUGCCUAGCAGUUAUAUCCAACAGCUUACAUGGUGUUCUUUCUGGUAUUGCUAGGGGAUGUGGGUGGCAGGACUUGGCAAUGUUUGUCAACCUCGGCGCGUACUAUCUGUUUGGGAUUCCGGUUGCAGCCACAUUGUGCUUCUGGUUAGAUUUAAGAGGAAAGGGGCUCUGGAUUGGAAUACAAGUCGGUUCAUUUCUGCAGGCAGCUCUUUACUCUGUCAUAACAGGUUGUACAAACUGGGAAGAAAAGGCAAGUAAGGCAAGGGAGAGGAUAUUUUUGGAAAGUUCUUUAGUAGGAUAGCGGCAUUCUUAGGCAUGAUAGCACAAUCGUGAAGCAUUAGCAUCCGGCUUAACGAUAACAUGGCAAGCCAUUAGCACCUUUCCAACAGUUCUCGCCCAGAUGUGCAGUUCAUGAGUGUCAACUACCUCAUCCAUCCCACGGAGAUCUUUCUCAAUCUUUGUGGCAUCAAU